ACAAGCAAGUUUAUGUAGACUGGUGCGAUUUAAACGAAAUUGUUUAAAAUUUUGGCAAAAUUCUGUCAAGGGUUUAAUAUUAUUAUUUUUAAGAAUCAACUGUGGAAAACCACUCAAAGCAAAUGUUAUACAAACUGUUUUAUAUUUAAAUUAUGGAGGAAAAAACUCAGAGGAUGGCGGAUUAUGAUUAUUUGAUUAAACUUUUGGCUCUUGGUGAUUCAGGAGUUGGAAAAACUACAUUUCUUUACCAAUACACUGAUGGAAAAUUUAUUGAAGAAUUCAUUUCAACAGUGGGAAUAGACUUUCGUGAAAAAAGAGUGGUUUAUCAUGGUAAAAAUGCUGAUGGUACAAAGCAAACUCGAGGACAAAGGGUUCAUCUACAGUUAUGGGAUACUGCAGGUCAAGAGAGAUUUAGAAGUUUAACAACUGCAUUUUUUCGAGAUGCAAUGGGUUUUUUGCUUAUAUUUGAUCUUGCACAUGAAGAAUCAUUUGUAAAUGUUAGGUGUUGGCUAUCCCAACUGCAAACACAUGCCUAUUGUGAAGAUCCGAUCAUUGUUCUGGUUGGCAAUAAAUCUGACUUGGAUGACAGAGCUGUCGAUGAAAGUGCAGCAAGGCAAUUAGCUGACAGUCUUGGUAUUCAGUAUUUUGAAACAAGUGCAAAAACAGGCAAAAAUGUGUCUGAAGCUGUCCAAUCAUUGUUAGAUCAGAUAAUGGAACAAAUGGAACGUUCAGUUGAUAAGGCAACGUUACCUCCUGGUCUAGCUAAUGGUGUUGAACGUGGACAUAAGUUAAGAGAAAUCGACGAGGUACAUGAAGAAAAUAAAAGCAACUGUUCUUGUUAAAAAUGACAAAAUUUGACUGUUGUUUCCUUUUGUUAGUUUUUAAUUUAAAAUUAAGUAUUUAUUUAUAAGAUUUAAAAUAGCAAUUAUUUUUUGG